UCGCAUUCGCUGUGUAGAUCGAUAUUCUCAGGGCUUCUGCUUCGAUCCAGCUGGGGAUAGAUAUUCUUCUCGCGAUCCAGCUGAAAAUGAUCGACAAGGAGGUUCUGGGGGGGAUUAUGGUGUGGCUGUUCUUGUUCCUUCGAUUCGAGGUGAAAUAGCGGGUUUGAUAGCUUCAUCGUGAUGGCGGGGAAUGAUCUUGGUGGUAGACGAGCGCAGCCAGCACGAUCAGUGAGCCGGCUGCGCAGCACGCUUCUUCUGAGGAGAAGCGUUCACAGGAACCAGAAAUUCGUGGCUAUACACGAGGAGAGGUCCGAGUGCUCGAGCGCUGAGGAGGAAUCGGAUGAUGCCUCGGUUGGAUCCGGGGGGGAGGAUAUGCCUACUGCAGAUUCUGUGGAGCCGAGAGGAUUUAAAUCGACACCACAGUUCCAGGCCAGAGAAUCGGACUCGACUUUAUCAUCAAAGACGUCGGCCGACACUUGCGGUGACGAGCCGAGCACGAGUAGGCACAAAAAACCUUCGAGUUUUCACGGGAUAGAUAUGGCCAAGGGCUCUGAUGAUGAUGAAGACGAAGAAUCGGAGGAGGAGGAGGCAGUGAUCGAUGCGGUGCUUGCGUUUCAAAGGUGGCGACAGCACAACCUUAAACGAUCGUUCAGUCACGAGCUCAAGAAGGUUUUGGAGGAGGCUCGCCGUGACGAGGCUUCUCUCACGUCCAUGCAACGUGAGCUCAUGAAGAAAGACGUUAACCUUGUGAGGGCACAGGCGGAGACUGCACAGCUUCGAGCACAUAUCUCGGCCAUAGAGGACGCAGUGCAGUCUAGUAGCUACAAUGAAGAAGCGAAAAAAGAGGUUCAGAAAGCUCAAGAGAGAGCACUUGCAGCAGAGGAGGAGGUGCACCGACGGGAUAGAGAGAUUAAUCGUUUGAGGCAGCGGCUCAAGUGUAUAGAAAGCGAGAAGACACGGGUAGAUGAGAACUUGAAAGCCAAUCUGGCAAUGCUACAGCAAGACAAAGUUGGGGUGCUUAAAGAGAAUCGCAUCAUACUUGACCAGCUUGCACGCAAAGAUCAAGAGCUAACGCACAAGCUGGAUGACAUUAAGAAGCUUCAAGCAACGAUCGCAUCUAUGGCAGAUUAUCAUAACCAGUUUAAGACGGAGCAUGAAGCAGCAUAUGCAUCCCUACAAGAUAAGCUGGCACAGGAAGGAGAUGCAAAAGCUACAAUGAAGAAAGAAGCGGAGGAUUUGACAAGGAAAUGCGAGUUGCUUGAGAAAGAAAAAGAAUGCCUAAAUGUUCAGGUCGAGAAAAUGCUUGAGAAGAUGAAUUCGGCAACUUUGCACGACAGUGCACAGUGCUCUUCAGAGUCUCAAUCAAGGACGUCUGAAGCCAUUGCAGCUGGUAUUCUUGAACACCUACGAAUACUGACGAACCACAUGAUAAAACUGGAGGCUUCUUUUGGCAGACACACUAGAGGGCCGGGGUUGUACAGUUCUUUGCACAAGAUCGACGUUAACUUGGAGCUAGCGUUGAAGUCUUUUAGACGUAGCAGUGGUAAGGCCGGGGGUAUUGGAGGGAAGCUUCAGCAGCUUCCGGAAAUACAGGAGUGGCCACAGCCACGGGACGAGGAUUCAUCGGCAAGAUCUCAUUGCGUGCUGAAUCAGACAGUUCAAACAGAUGGCGAGCUGUCCAAGUUUCUGGAAUGGCUUGAUAAACCGGAGAAGUAUCUGUGCGUCAGAGAUGCGAAAACACAGACAUCAGGUGUAGGAUCAUCACAGUUGCAGCUGUGUUCUCGGAGCGGAGUAGAAGAAGAGGCUAGAUGGCUUGCAUGGAAGUGGAGGUGGCUAAGUACGGCUUUAAAAGCAAAGCUCCUCUCCAAGCAGCUGAGAUAUUCAAGAACCACCGGUAAGGUCCAGGCGCACGGUGGCAAGUCGUGCUUGAAGAAUGGGCAGGGCAGCAUCCUGGGAACGAUGGAAAGGGAGCUCAGAGUAGUGAUGGGAGAGAGCAUCGUUCGGAUGUUCCUUCAACUCUGGAGAACGUAUCGGAGGAGUUCAAAGGCCGAAAGAAAGGCUCUGUCCAAGGACUUGCCUUUGGACAAGGUGGUGGCGGUGUUUCCCUGGUGGAUACGGAGGGUGGGAGAGAAGAGACGCUUGGAACGCUCGUUCUGCCAAUGGUACUACUUGGCUUCCUGUUCAGUGAAGAGGCAAAGCUACCACAUGGAGGAGUUUUACUUUCAUCCGCACUCCUGCUAUUCACGUCCCCCGGCGGCGGAUGAGUAUCUUUCAGUGAGGCGGAAGGUACCGAAAUUCAAGUACCAGGACAACAGCUCGGACGGAAAUGCUCCUCAACAAGGACUGGUCGUUCGGAAAAAGGAGCUUGACGUGGAGAGAGGCGGCCUUGAUCUGGCUAAACCCGACAAGCGACAACUCAUGUUAACAUCUACACACUACACAGGAUCAACUUUUACUGCUCGAGCUUUACGAACUCUACAGGUGUCCCUCCAACAAGAGUUCCAAGACCUCCAGCAGCUACUGGCCAAGGAAAUGGAAGCAAGCCAGGUGUCGACUGGGCACCUCGACAACGAGAAGUCCACCCAGAGGAGGCGUAUGACGUUCCUGUGGGAAGUUUGCAACAAUCUGGCCAACGCUCUCAUGGACGCGCACAAGCAACUCGUGUCGCUGGACCGGGAGUUCAGCCUGCGCGUGUGCAAUUACCUGGAGCUCUCGGCCAACUCAAACUGCGAGCCAAAGCAGGCGCCACAGAACAGCCCGCGCGGGAUGAGAGGCGGCGGUGGUGGCGGCCCAGCAAAGAGCCCGACGUCGAGAGGCUUGCGACCGACCGAUCCAGUGCUGAGGUUCACGGACGAUUAUCCGGGAGCGCGAGCAGCCGAGAGGAAGGGCCGUCACUACGCUCCCCAUGGCUGCGUGAGCGUGAGCACGACGAGGAAGCCGGGCGGAUCGUCGUCGUCGAGGAAGAAGGCAUGCAUUGCUUCGCAGUGUGCGGCUAUCUUGCAGUCCGAGGCGAGGAGGUAUGGGCAGGAUACGUUUGACAAAGGAACCAUGGUGCAGGAGGAGUUUGUUCUGUCACCGCGUUUCACUGCGAGGAAACCACCUUGGACAAGAUGAUGUUGUAUUUUAACUACUUUGAUUUAAAAAUCUUAAUUUAAAUCUAAUACUAUAAAACCA